AGACCCAAGGCAACGACUUGUGAUCUCAUACCACCUCUCCGCAUUUCCAACCCUCCGGCAAAGCCAGCCGGAGUAGUCGUCCAACCUGCGGUCCCCGCUCUGCGACCAUGAAAGCCGGCCGCCGACCCCAAAAGCAAGAGGACGACAAAAACCACUGGGGCCAAGUAGGAGAUGAGCUGGCACCGGACAUCACCGGAGAGUCCGCCUGCGAUUCCUGCGACGAGAGUGCAUCCAAAUGCCGCGCAGAGAAUCCGGGCGGCGGGCGUGGUGAUGGCCGGGAACAUCUUCAAGUUGCAGGGGUAUUCUUGUCUUUUGGCAACCCAUUGAAAUAUGAACCAAAAGAUGAUCAUCAGAACCAGCACUGUUGCAAUGUUGGUACACACAAUGCGGUUGUUAGUCUUCUUCGCCAUUUGAUUGGGAAAAUAUGAAGAAGAAAAAAAUGGGUUUUUUUUAGUGGAAAAAGAUGGAAAUGAAAAUGGGCAAGCGGUAAAAAAAAAUUGGGGUAAAGUUGGGAUGGAAAAGGGGUUGUGGGCCCUAUAAGUUAGACUUCUAAUAACCUUAUUAUGAUGACAUACUUGGGGUAAUACAUUUUUACUUGUCUCAACUCUCAAAGGUAAGUCUCCAUUGCAAAAAAGGUGAGUAAAUAAACUUUGCUCGGACAAGGCGAGUACAUUUCAAUUUAUUUUCGUUCAAAUAACGAUAAUGUCGAUACGACGAUAGCUUGUUUAAACCUAGCGUAGUUAUUUUAAGAAAUGCCAUUGUCGUUU